AAUAUGAAUCUAGUGCUUCACCAUUUUUCCUUGGAGGGGUUAUGAAGGCAUCUGGAAAUAAGCCACCAAUGACAGUAGCACCAAAAGGUAUGUACAUGCAGAAGGAUCUUCAAAGAAAUGCAGAAUACUUUAAGAUUGAUAUAAAACUUAUAGAGGAUCCAUACAAUGUGCUUGUUCAAAAAGGAUCAUUGAGAGCCAUGAGGUUUCUAACUGCUAUAAAUCUUCAUUGUCCUGAGUAUCUAGAGAGUGUUUCUCGUGAGUUGUGGCGUAGAAUUUGGUCUAAAGGAGAAGAUAUAGUGGCAGACGACAGCCUCAUAAUGGCGGCGAAAGAAGCCAAGAUGGAAGAAAAUGACAUUGAGAAAUGUUUGAGUAAAAUGGAUGAUUCAGAAACAAAAGAUGCCUUAAGAAUGGCUACCGAACAGGCAGUUGAUUACGGGGCUUUUGGUGCACCAACUAUGGUGGUUCAUACUAAAGAAGGCCCAGAAAUGUUUUUCGGAUCGGAUCGCUUCCCACUGGUGGCCCAAAUGAUGAAUGAAGUCUGGAAGGGACCGAUUCCAGAUCAAAAGAGUAAACUGUGAUGCUUGUUUCUUCCAUUAUGGGACUUUCUACUGCAUUAAUAUGAUUGUUGUUAUGAAAUGAUAAUAUACUGGGAAGGGGAUUUUAAGUAACCUUACUAAAAAAAGAAGAAGAGUUAUCUGUAGAUCUACUUAAUGUACAUUAAGAGUUCCAAGGGUUGGUUCACUUUAGACACCAUUAUUUUACAUAGGCUUAACAAACGUGUUAUAUGUAUAUAAAUCUUGUUAAUGAAAUAAACCGCUUAUUUCGCUGGGCAG